AUGUGUGACAAAAGACUGUGCGCUUGCGAGAAAAAGGUGAAAGCACCUCAACCCCUGUUCAUGAACCCAAACGACGAAAAAGUGAAGGUGUUGGAGCAGGCGUACGCCGAGUUCUCGAACGUCGAAAGCAAAUCGUUGCUGAAGAAACACUUAACCCCAGAAAUUUUCAACCGGCUGAAAACACGCAUGACCAGCACCGGCUCUAAUUUGAUGGACGUGAUUCAAUCGGGUUUGACGAAUCUUGACUCGGGUGUCGGCUUAUACGCACCAGAUCAGCUGGCGUACGACGUUUUCGCCGAUCUUUUUGAUCCCAUGAUCGAAGAAUACCACGGCGAUUUCAAGCCUACACACGUUCAUCCUGAUUUAGAGUGGGGAACGGCCGAGGAGCUGGGUAAUCUUGAUCCUGAAGGACAAUUCGUGAUCUCGACGAGGAUUCGGUGUGCCAGGUCGGUUGAGGGAUAUCCUUUAAAUCCCACGAUGACGCUGAAUCACUAUCAGGACUUGGAGCAAAAGGUGAAAGGAAUAUUAAGUUCGUUAGAAGGCGAAUUGAAAGGAACUUACUAUUCUCUCGCCACGAUGGAUAAAGAAACGCAGCAACAACUGAUAGACGAUCAUUUCCUGUUCAAGGAAGGCGAUCGAUUUUUAGAAGCAGCCAAUGCCAAUAGAUUCUGGCCGACCGGUAGAGGAAUAUUUUUUAACGAGGCGAAAACUUUUCUCGUCUGGUGCAACGAGGAGGAUCACUUACGUCUGAUAUCGAUGGAAAAGGGUGGAGAUCUGUCGUCUGUGUAUGCCAGACUUGUUAAAGCAGCUACUGAGAUCGGGCAGAAGCUACAAUUUUCGCGGCACAGAAGACUCGGUUUCCUCACAUUUUGCCCGACUAACUUGGGAACCACCAUCAGGGCGUCCGUUCACGCACGCUUGCCGAAAUUGAGUGAGGAUUAUGCCAGAUUUGAAGAAAUCGCAAACAUGUACCAUCUUCAGAUAAGGGGUACCCGUGGCGAGCAUAGCGAAAGCGAGGAAGGUAUUUACGACAUUAGCAACAGACGUCGGCUGGGCUUGACCGAGCGAGAAGUGGUUUUCGAGAUGAGAAACGGCGUGCUCGAACUGAUCAAACAAGAGAAACAGCUGCAAGGGGAAACGUCGUAAUAUCGCGUGUCCGCUGGAAGUCGAUGAAGGCCUCCCAGUACCAUACGUUUCCAUCGAUUUCCCCUCGAUUCGACACGACUGCCCCUGUAAUUCUUAUAAAUCGAAAUAUCCAAACUGUUUCGAUUAAUGUUUCCCCCUGUGCCACCAAUAUGUUUCCGUUACGAUCACCGACAGCGAGAGAGAAAGCCAAAGAGAGAGUGAGAGAGAAAGCAGAAGUGCUUCGGUAGCCUGGUUAUCGACAAGUUGAAGCGGUACUCGUCUAUUUCACUGCUUGAAAAUGUCUGUGGCAUUCCUCUCCGCUCUGGAGUUCGAAGCAAAGAAACAUCGAUU